AUGAUCUCGGACAGAGACCCACGCUUUGUCAGCAAGGUCUACAAGGAGGUCGCCAAAGCUCUCGGCAUCAAACUCUCCUUCUCCACAGCCUCACAUCCGCAAACGGACGGCCAGUCGGAAAGGAGUGUUCAGUCCGUUACCACACUACUUCGUUGCCUUGUGGCUGACAACCUGCGUCCAUGGCCAGACCUACUCCCACUGGUUGAAUUCUGCAUCAAUAGCAGUCCACACGCCGUGACAAAGGUGCCGCCCUUUCAGGCCACACAAGGAUUCACGCCGUCGCUGUUUCCAGUUGACGUCGACUUCUUGUCUCCUGUAGCGGAGGAUCUCAUCGACAGCAUCAACGCGACGGUGCAGAGAUGCCGUGACAUGCUCCAGUACCAGAAUGCAGUGACGACGUCAUCCCAGACAGCAACAGCUACGCCUUUUGCUGAAGGGGAAGACGUGUAUGUCUCAUCUGAGCUCCUCCUCGACGACCAGCACCGAAACAAAAAGCGGAAGCUUCGUCCGCGUUUCCUGGGUCCUGUGAAGAUCAAGCGUGUGCUGGGUCCGGCACACGUUACUCUGCAACUACCGCCUGGCGUCCACAUCCACCCGACCGUCAACAUCAAACACCUGAAGAAACCCACACGCCUGCCACGCGAUGUGUCUCGUCCACCGCCUUUGCAUGGCAGUGACGUCUACGAGCUCGAGAGCAUUCAGGGGCAUCGAACUACACGGCGCGGCACUCAAUACCUUUGCAAAUGGAAGGGGUACCCCAGCACCGAGAAUACGUACGAGCAUCCAGACAACCUCCUGGGCAAGGAUGCACGACUGCUGCUUGCGAACUACAAGCAGCAAUUUACGCAGGGGGAGAGUGUUGUGAUCGACCGUCGGCUGGAUCGUGCACGCGGAAGCCGCCAAGGCGUCAGAUACGUGCAGCAGGGGUUGUUCGCUUGCAGCGCCCUUGCGGUUGCAGGCCUUGUGACCGGGUAUCUAUAUGAAACACAGUUUGCCUGUCCCAAGAGCCUGCCCGCAGGCGUGAGCAACGGGACACCGCCAGCACGCAUCCCCGAUCCGUUUACGCCCCUGCACAACAUCCGCCUCAUUCACACGGAUUCACACGUGUUCACGUGCGUUCUCAGUGUCCCCGUAAUUGGCGUUGCUCUUCUGCUGUCCUCCGUGCUAACACCGUGGAGAAAUCGGUUACACAACGCUAUUAAGCGGCUGGAGCACAGGAAGGAAGAACAAGAGGGCGUCUCAAGCCCUGCCAACAGCUUUGGGGGAGACAAUGUCAACGUGCAGCUACCAACCAAACAAGACGACUCCAGAAGCCUUGCCACUGACGGCGCGUCGCCGUCUGGUGACUCCACAGAAACCAACCGCGCUCGAAGCAAACUGCGGUGGCUGGUUUCUGGGCUGCUUUGGUUUGUGCGAACGCUGCUGUGGGUCGGCUACGAACGGCCAGACCCUCGUCGAGCAAGCAGGUCACAGUGGUUCUGCUACUUCGUUGGCGCAGGGGCAGCUUGCUUCUCCCUCGUGCUCUACGUGUACACACAUGAUGGCGAAGUUGCAGCCCGCUACGCCCAAGCCGUGGCAUCGCCCUUCCUCCUGCUUGCCUUUGUCAAUGUCUUGCACAGCAUCCAAUUGCACGUCGACACUCGCUACAAAUACGGCUCUGAGAAACAGGUACAAGCGGUGAUGGCAACGGUGACAGCAGUUGGCGGCGCUACGCUUCUGGCCCAGUUCUUCCUCUGGGCCUUCUUUGUGGCCUUUGCGUAUGCGACACUUCCCUGUCUUCCCCUGCGUGAAGGGGGCACAUCCCGCCCCGACGUGGCCUAUCUGUCGAAGCGCCUCUUUCUCCGCUACAUUGGCUGCUUCAUCAUGUCCUGCGAACUCCUGUUUGCCUACAUGUGGUGGAUUCUGGAGUUUGCUGCGGGAGGUGCCAGCGUUGUGCGCAUGGUGCAGUUCCGCGGUGGCGCUCUGGCUAUCGUCGUCAACGUACUCGUCGUUGUUGCCACCUUCGUUGGCGUGUCGACGUAUGCGGGUGUCUUCUCCUCGCAAGAGAGCAUCUUCUUUGUGAAGCAGCCUGCUCAGUACGUGACACCGAAGAUCACUCUCACCCUCGCGUACAUCUUCUUCGGCCUCUGGUUUCUUUGCUUCUCCCUCAUGGGACUGAAGGACGUGUCUGCCAGGGUACAGAAGUACUUUGUACAGAACGAACAAAACGAAACCAUCUGCAUGCUUUACCGCAGCGAGGACGGGGAGCUCGCAACCUACAUUGCCAAGGAGAUCAAGAACAAGAGCCCGCGCUUCUUGGGCCAGGCUAACAGUGUGGAGGUUGUCCAACAUAAUGUGGAUCAUGAGGCGUACCCCGCAUGCGCCACACCUUCCACAGACUCUGAUGAGCCCAGUGACGGCGACCUUCAACGGGCAGACCAGCUGAACAAUACUCGCGUCCUUGUCGUCGUGAUAUCCUGUCACAACGAACCGCCUUUUGGCUCGGUCGGACGCAUGCUAAAUGACAACGACGACGCGGAAGCCAGAGCAAACAGCAAUGACGGAGAUGUCAACAUGUUUCUGCUGCAGCUCAUCAUUGCUUAUGAAAUGGAGAAGCGCGAUGACAUCACCAUCUACCCCAUCUUCGACGCCCGAGAUGGCAGCACACGAAUUGCCUUCAAGAGUCCUGAGAACGAUUUGCCUGACACAACACCGGAACCAACAGCGCAGGCAGCAGCCAAUAUCCUCAAGCGCUUGUAUGGAAAAGAAGGCGCCAAGUUUGACGUGACUGUUGUUGAAUUACUCAGAGAGUGGUCCCCCAGGAACCUCAUGCACAGAAUGCUUCAGCUGCAGGGCACUUUCAUGCACAACCUUGGUGAGGUUACAGCCGCCAAUACUGCAGCUGCAGGAGUGCUGAAAGCGUACGAAGAGUCGGCCAUCUGA